AAUAAUACUUUUUGUUAUCUGUGUUCGUUCUAUUAUUCUAUAAUAAAAUAUAAUUGUCAGCUGUCUGUUUCGGUGAUUUUUUUUACAUUGUUCUUUGAUCAUUAUUAGGCAUUUGUAACGUUACUACGUAUAAGAAAAUUACAGCACUAAGUAUAUCACAAAACUAGAAUUGUUCACGUUUAUUUAAACAUGGCGACGAGUAUUCCAAAUACCUCGAAUAUUCCACCUCCAAACCCCAACGAUCUUCCACCACCUUAUUCUGCAGUCGUGGGUAAUCCUCAGUACGGCUUUGUGGUCCCGGGUGGACCAGUUUCGCCUGCCGAUGGUGUUUACACACAGCCUAAACAAUUUACUGCUACGGGAGUGUACCCUCACCCUGUGACGACUGCUCAGCCCCAACCUGGAGAUGUUCCACCGCCUCCGCCUGGUAUGAGCGUGCCUAUUGGGGUGGUGAUGCCGCCCGCGGUUGGCAGCGAGCCCACAACUGUAACCUGUUAUAAUUGCGGAAAAGUUGUAACAACCAGAGUCACGUACACAACAGCCUGGCACACGCACCUCGUAGCUGGAUCUAUUUGUGUUAUAACAAUGGUUUGUUCACUGUGCUGCCUCGGACUGGUUCCAUACUGUUUCGAUACGUUCAAAGAUGCCGAGCACUACUGCCCCAAUUGUAGUACUUUUAUCGGAAAAAGCAACAAAUGCUAGUAAAUCACAAGUUAAUAGCUUUAUUCAAACAUUUUGUAAAAUUAAUUCAUGUAUUUUUUUCACAUGUAAUAAAUACACACAUCUUUUUCAGAUUCAUAAAUUUUAUAUUGUAAAAUUUAUAAAAUGAACACUAAUUUAGCUUGUUUGAAAAGUUCCACAUAUAGAGGAGGUUUUCUUAUGAUUAGAUUAUGAAUUAUUUUGACCGUAUUUAUUUAUUUGUAAGUGAUAAAUAUUAUAUGUGAUCUGUAUCACAAGCGAACGACAGAAUAUUGUAUGAAAGUGCCAUUAAAAUUGUCAGACUAAAAAUCAAGGUGCUAUUUUUUUUACGAUUUGCUAUCUGUAAUCAUAAUUAGUGGUGCGUACCGGCUUAAAAUUGUAUAUAUUUUUUAUACUGGCAUAAUAUGGCCAGAUUUAUAAUUAAAUUCUGCUUUCAGUAGUAUUUGUAUUAAUCUAUGAAGUUAAAAAAGUUUCAAUGGCCCUUGAAUAUUUUAUUUAAAAAAAAAAAAAUUUAAACUUCCAUUUCAAUCUAAGAUUAUGUUUGUAACAGUCUUUAAAUAUUUUAGAUGUUAAAUAAUUAAGAUGCUAUUUUUCUAUUCAGCCGGAUGUAAGUAUGUGUGUAUCUUGUUGUUAGUCAUUUUUGUAAUCCUAACGAAUAUCGCAUGUGUGUCACUUCAAAAACUUUUCAUCAAACAAACAUUGUAAACCGAUAUGUUGUAAAUAAGAAUACUUUAGAUGUACCAAUUCAAAAACAUCCACAUUCCAUAAGUGUGAUUUUAUGCUAUUUGCCUAUCCCUUUAUGUUGAUUCAAACAUAACUUUCAAAUAAAUUAUGCUGGUCUUGAUACAAAAUUGCCAGAAAUCCAGUUCUGACGUCAGUAAGCAAGGUACUAGAUUUUCCAGUAGAACCAGCUAACUUAUUUAUUUUUCUAUAUUUGUUAUACAAUUUUUAUGUUAAGGUUUCAUGAUCUCUGUUCGAGAGGUGAAGAAAAUGGUUUCGCCCAAUUUACUUGUAAAAAUCAAUUAAAUUUCUUUAUAACAGCUUCUUAAAGCUAUUUUCUACAUUUUUAUAAGUUUUAUUUUUACACACAAAUGUAUGACAAAGUACCUUCCACUUAUCUCAAAUUAUACUAUUAAAUUUGAA